AUGGCUAAUUGGUUCGGUUGGGCCCCAUGGGCAAAGCCGAGGGGACGACAGCCCCGUCCGCGACGCGAUUCACGGCUUUCUUCUGAAUCGCGCUCGAGAUCGCGCUCGAGAUCUUCAUCUCGACCGCCUAGAAGACGGGCGAAGGAGCUUAAUCCGGCGGAAAGGUUGGCGAGAGAGAAGAAGGGAGAGAGAGAGAAAGAGAUGGAGGCGGAAAAAAUAAGAUUCAUGGAACCUGCUGCGAGAAUCGCUUAUAGCGAGCAGAAGAAAGUCCAGCAUGAGAAUAGAAUCAAAAAGCUGAAAGGGAAAUUUGCAAGUCGUAAGAAGAAGUUGGCAGAGAAACAUCAAGAGAAGGUUAUGGAAGAAAACCGUGGGUGGAAGAGAAAACAUGAAGAUGAUGCUGUAGUCCAAGCCGCAAUGAGACGACGAACUUUUUUGGAAAAUCGGGGGAAGAAGGUUCCAGUAUCGCAAUCGAUGACGACGAAUUUCGAGCGCGAGAGGAAUAAAAUCCAUACUACGGCAUUGUUUGAGAAGAUUUAUGCGGAUCUUCAAUAUCACUUCUUGCACCCUACGUUGAUCAAUUCCGAUACGUACGAUCCUUAUGAAGGGCUGUUUGACGAUCUUGCUGGGGUAUACUUGCGAUUUCUAUUCUUGGCUCAAAACCCAGAAGACCAUGCGAGAGGGAUAGGCAUUGAUAGUGCUUGCGUUCUCAUGCUUUCACAGAAUUUCCGCACCGCAUUGACUUAUGGAGAAUUGCCUGAUGGAACUUUCGCCAAGCAGGGUCAAGAGGGGUACUCACAGACUACUAGAUGGGACGAGUUCCUAUUGAAGCUCCAGUUGGAACAUUUUAGCAUCAGAGGCUUUGCUAUCGCACGACAUAUUCCAUAUAUGAAGGUUUUUGCUCGCAGCGGUUUGUUCAUGUUUGAGGGCGAUGUGCGGCCAGCGAAUUUGAAUCUUCAGCUGGAUCCAUCGAUCAGAGAUCCGUUUGAAGUGUGCCUUGGAGGGGAUGGAACAGUUUAUCCUUGUCUGUUCACGCCCCUUCCUGGCGAAUUCGAAUCUGUACAUCAGGGUGUCUUCAAGCUUCCAUUCAAAACCCCGAAAGAAAACGUAGAAAAGUUGGGACCUGCAAAAAACCGUGUGGUUCCACUCCGCUUUCAAAAUCUGAAAGCCAACGUAUUUAACAGAGAGAUUUUUAAACAAUAUGAUCCCCCGUCAACAUGGCCACCGAGCUGGGAGUAUCCACCUGCGGAUAUUCAGCAUCCAUGUCGAGAAUGGGGGAAGAACUAUCCGUUGUGUGUUGCUUGUGGUCUCCGAACGGGGCCUUUGGAAGUAGUAGAAGAAGAAGUGCAGGAAGAGCCAGAAGAUUCGGAAAAUGCAGAAGAUUCAGAAGAAUCAGAUGCAGCAAAAGCACCCGAAAAGGAGUCAAUCUGUCGCUGCAAGACGAUCGAUGUUUUUAAUCGAAUCUUGGUAGAGAUCAAAGAAUAUCAUUCCGAAUCGACGUCCAAAGUGGCUGACUCUGUUGACCGCGGAGUCAGGAUCUUACAAAAGGUCCCAAGAGGUCAUAUCAUUUCGGAAGUCCUUGGAGAAUUCAUCCCACUUGGUGCCGAGAGUGAUUUCAAAUGUCCUUCUACAUUCUCUGUCGACUUUCAUGCACCACCUGCCGUCGACAAGUCUGGGAAAGUUCUAGAGAUUGACCCGGAUGUUGUGGUGAAGAAGACCAUUGACACCAAUACAGAACCGAUCGCAACGCUGAUUACUGGCCACAAAGGUGGAUGGACGAGGGUGAUUAAUAAAGGCACGAGUCAAACAUCAAAUGUUGAAUUUCGCUCGGAAGUCUGGGCAGGGAAAUUACGCAUCACUGUUAGAGCGUUGAGGGAUAUAAACUUUGGAGAACAAUUAUUUGUCCGAUGGGGAGAUUCGUACCUAGAACCUGAUGGACAAACGUUGCAUGCCAAAAAGAAGGAUCAAGAUGAGAGGUUACCGAUGAGAGCACUUAGCGGAUUCUAUAAGUGA